AUGGCAGUGUCAAGCAUUCAAGCUCUGGUGGGCCUUUUGUCCCUGGCCCACAGCGUCACUUCCAUGACUCUUCGCCCUCGUUCCAUUACUCCACCAGCAGGCUGCCCCAUCCCAACAUGGACAGUGGACAAUUUCAAAUUGUUCAAUGGAUCCCAUAGCCUAGACUGCGUUCACAACCAAGCGGACAUCGACACUAAAGGCUGCUUAUGCACUGGAGCAGGCCACUGGUGUCCACCAGUCGAAGCAACGUGUAAUGGCUCGUGGGUCAACGUGUGCUGGACAGGCAUGCCAAAUUAUGCUCCAUGGGGCUAUGGCCCACCUGAAACUCUCGAUAUCGACUUCGCGGACGGCCUUCAGUGCCACGAUCAAUACAUUGGAUAUCGCGUCCACGAUAUUGGCAAUGGAGCUAGUAACUGCGGCUAUGCGGAUCGUGGCCAGGGACGGAUCGUUUCUUUCUACGGGUCUUCCCACCAGGCUCAGUCAGUCGGACACAUGGAUUAUAUCCUUGGAUCUGGGCAUGCUCUCAAGUGCGACAAUGGAAGCUUGAUCACCUAUUCGGGUAGCGUUGACUUUCCGCUGACUUGCACCUACGAUGCGUAUCGUAAUGCUACCUGUACGGCGCCGGUGUUUGACAUUCCUGUUUUGGAUUAUCAGUGGGUCUCUUCAUGA